AACAUCAAACGGUUUUUAAGGAGACUCGGAAGGAUGGCGGCCGGGAAGGGACAAGAAGGCCAGGAGAUGGCAGAGGAUACCCAGGGAGUGGCCAAGAUAAAUUUUCCAUUUCCAUAUACACCAUAUCCCAUUCAAGAAGAAUUCAUGGCUAAACUUUAUCAGGUCUUGGAGGCUGGAAAUAUUGGUAUAUUUGAGAGCCCAACCGGGACAGGAAAAUCUUUGAGCCUUAUUUGUGGCGCCCUCACAUGGCUCCGAGAUUUUGAAGAAAAAAAGAGACAAGAAGAAGCCCGGCUGCUGGCAACUGAACUUAGAGGAAAGGAUACAACAGAGCAGUCUGAGAAGAGCAGGAGAGAGUUUGCGGACAGUCAAGUGUCAUCCGCAGAGCCAGACUGGAUCACCCAGUUUGUGCUGAAGAAGGAAGAGCGAGAAACAGCCCACAGACUGAAGGAAGAACAGAUCAGGCGGAAGAAGCGAGAAGAACGGCUAGAACAAAUUCGCCACAAUGUGCAGCUGAAAUAUGCAUCUAAAAGAAGGAGGGCGGAGGAAGAAGAGAUGGAGCAUCUGCUCCAGCUCAGCAAAGACAUCUUGUCGAAGCAGGGUGAAUCGGGUGGUUCGGAGCCACUGGAUCAGAUGGAAGAAGAUCUGAUUCUUGCAGAAUAUGAGAGUGACGAGGAGAAGAAAGUAGGUAGCAGACUAAGUGAAGAAGAUGAUGAUGAUCUUGAGGAAGAGCAUGUAACUAAGAUCUACUACUGCAGCCGAACGCAUUCCCAGCUGGCCCAGUUUGUGCACGAGGUUCAGAAAAGCCCCUUUGGCAAGGAAACCAGGCUAGUGUCCUUGGGAUCUAGGCAGAACCUGUGUGUGAACGAGGAGGUGCGACGGCUGGGAGCUGUUCAGCUUAUCAAUGAUCGUUGCAUGGAGAUGCAGAAGAAUAAACAUGAGAAGAAGAGCAUGGGAGAGGAGGCAGAGAGGAAGAAGAGAUGCCUGAGCCAAGCAGCGUGUCCGUUUUACUCAUACGAGCACAUGCAGUUUCUUCGGGAUGAGGUUUUGGUGGAGGUGAAGGAUAUCGAGCAGCUGGUGACUUUGGGGAAGGAAGCCAAAGCCUGUCCGUACUACGGAAGCCGCUUUGCCAUUCCAGCUGCUCAGCUGGUCGUGUUGCCUUAUCAAAUGCUUCUGCAUGAAGCCACCAGAAACGCAUCCGGGAUCAAACUGAAAGAUCAAGUGGUGAUCAUUGACGAAGCCCACAACCUCGUAGACACCAUCAGCUGCAUUUACAGUGCUCAGGUUAGCGGUUCUCAGCUGUGCUGUGCCCAUUCCCAGCUCUUACAAUACAUGGAACGGUACAGGAAACGCCUGAAAGCAAAGAACCUGAUGUACAUUAAGCAGAUCCUGUUCUUGCUGGAGAAGUUUGUAACUGUUCUUGGAGGAAAUGUGACACAAAACCCAAAUACUCAGAGCAUUCCCCAAGCAGGGACUCAGUUGAAAUCUAUCAAUGACUUUCUCUUCCAGUGUGAGAUUGACAAUAUCAAUCUCUUCAAGGUUCAGCGCUACUGUGAGAGGAGCCUCAUCAGCAGAAAGCUGUUUGGGUUUGUGGAAAGACACGAAGCCUCUGGAGCUCUGAAGAUUAGGCCAGAAGAACAGAAGAUGGCUGGCCUGCAGAACUUCCUGCAAACGUUGACUGGGAAGCCAAGAAAGGAAGGCAGUCCACAGAGCUCCCCUGAAGAGGCUGAAGAUGGCCCGCCCAAGAUGGCAUCUCCUCUGAUGCACAUUGAGGGCUUCCUGGCUGCACUCACCACUGCCAAUCAAGAUGGGAGAGUCAUUCUCACCAGGCAAGGCACUUUAGCUCAGAGCAGCCUGAGGUUCCUCUUGUUGAACCCAGCGGUACAUUUUGCCAAGGUGUUGAAGGAGUGUCGGGCUGUGAUCAUCGCGGGUGGCACCAUGCAGCCGGUGGCCGAUUUCCGGGAACAGCUGCUCACGUGCACAGGUGUCAGCGCUGGCAGGAUUGAGGAAUUCUCCUGCGGUCAUGUGAUUCCCCCAGACAACAUUCUGCCCAUCGUCCUCUGCAGUGGCCCAUCCGGUCAACAGCUGGAGUUCACCUAUGAGAAGAGAAACCUUCCUCAGAUGAUGGAGGAGACAGGGCGAAUUCUCUGUAACCUCUGCAACGUCGUCCCUGGGGGUGUGGUAUGCUUCUUUCCCUCCUACGAGUAUGAGAAACAGGUGUAUGUGCACUGGGAAAAGACUGGACUGCUCACCCGCCUGGCUGCUAAGAAGAAGAUAUUUCAAGAGCCAAAGAGAGCAAACCAGGUGGAGCAAGUGCUGGCAGAAUAUGCCAAGUGCAUCAAGCGCUGCAGCCAUGCAGGAACCACCAUGACGGGAGCACUGCUGUUUUCUGUGGUCGGUGGGAAAAUGAGCGAAGGGAUCAAUUUUUCCGAUGAUUUGGGAAGGUGUGUGGUCAUGGUGGGCAUGCCUUACCCCAACAUCAAGUCCCCAGAACUCCAGGAGAAAAUGGCUUACCUUGAUAAGACGAUGCCCAAGAUUGCAGGCCAAGCACCAGGCCGGAUGCUGAUCGAGAACUUGUGCAUGAAAGCAGUGAACCAGUCCAUAGGGAGAGCCAUUCGCCAUCAAAAGGACUUUGCCAGCAUUGUGCUCUUAGAUCACCGCUAUGCCCGCCCGGCCAUUUUCACCAAACUGCCUCAAUGGAUCAGGAGCAGCACGCAGGUCAAGUCCGCUUUCGGGCCAGCAUUUGCCGCCUUAAGAAGGUUCCACUGUGAGAAAAGAUCGGUUUGUGAGUCGGUCUCCGGCUGACGAUGAUGGACAAGCUCCCGGCUGGACCCAAAUGGCCUGGAGCGUAACGGAAUGCCUCACUACAGGGUUUAGUCUGCUCUUGCUGCUUUAAAAACUUAUUUAAAAGUAAUUAAUAAAGUUGA